CGCAACGACAAGGCCGCCGGAGUCCACGGCUCCACGCCAUUCGCUGGCCGCAACAAACCUCCAGCCAGCCUGUGCUGCCCCCACUGCCGGCUACACGACAACGCUCCCUCUGCCUCCCCUCAGCCCCGCCGCUAUAUAUACCUCCUCCUCCCCAUCACCGUCUCCGGCAGCAACCACACCACCCAUUCCAUUACCACGGCAACAGCGCGAACAAGAGAAGCGCAGGACAAGAAGCUAGCAGCAGCGCACACGCGCCGACCAAGACGGAAUGGGCCUGUGUGUGUCUUACGACGCGGCGGCCGACGGCGCGGUGACCGCGAGGGUGGUGCUCCCCAGCGGCGAGCUCCGGGAGUACUCGCCGCCCGCGACGGCAGCGCUGGCCCUGGAGGAGGUCGGCCAGAAGGGAUGGUUCCUCUGCGACGCCGACAGGAUGGGGUUUGAGGGCUCCGUCGUGGCGGUGGCCGCCGGGGAGCUGCUCCAGCCGGGGCAGAUCUACUUCGUGCUCCCCGCAGAGAUGCUCCGCCGCUGCCUCACCCGCGAUGAGGUGGCCUCGCUCGCCGUCAAGGCCAGCGCCGCCCUCGUCAAGGCCGCCACCGCCUCGUCUGCCGGCGGCCGGCGCCGGCGAGGCUCCGUGGCGCCGCUCGUGUUCGCGCCGUCCGAGGAGGACUACUCGGACGAAACCCUGGCGACGUUCGCGGUGAAGCCGGCGGCGCCGCAGAAGCGGAGGGUGGCUUACCGAGGCGGGAGGUCGCCGCCGAGGUUCUCGCCUGACUUAACCGCCAUCCUGGAGAGCGAGUAGAGGCGCACACGAGACUGCCAGAAAAGAAAAGCAAGCAUCUUUGCACAUAGCCCUGCAUCGCUGGCCACGAGGGAUGCGCUGGCCCGGCCGCUGAUGUUAGAUCGGACGGCGGAGAUAGAUGCGGCAAAUGACAUGUGGAUUAGUUUAGUCUGGGAAGACAAGCUCGUUGGGUGGUAGAAGCACUCGUGUUUUGGACGUUGUUAAUAUAGACGUCAGGAACAGGAGGGAAUGCACAUACACAUAAGUCAAUGUAAAUUCUGUAUAAAUGAUAUGUGGAGUACGUAUGCUUGGUUACUGGCCUGAAA